AUGACAUCACCAGUUCUCAAGGUAACUAAAGUUGCAGCUCCCCACUCGAAGUCAACAUUGGCAUUUUGGCGGAGGAAUAAUAAAGCUGAAGAUGUUGCUGAUGGAGCUGCGAAAUCCAUAAAAUUUUCAUCUGAGGACCACGAUGAUGUAGCUCGGAUCGGCAAGAUGAGCUAUGAUGCGUUGAUCAUGGAAAUCAAACGCUUGAAGAUACGUCUAAGAUGGUAUGAAGAAACAUUGGGGAAGGAGAAAAAGAAAGCAAAUUCCACCUUCGAUCAGUCCAAAGAAUGA